ACAAUUCCAGCGCUCUCUCUCUCUCUCUCUCCCUCUCUCUCUCUCUCUCUCUCUCUCUCUCUCUUUGGUAUUUCAAGAAACCUUGCUCCCUGAAUCCGUUAAUUUUGCUUAAAUCCAAGAUUCCACCAUUCUCAGCCUUCAAUUCAAGAAAAAAAUAAAUUAAUUAAUAUUAAUAAUAAUAAUAAUUCUAAGAGACGAAAAAGCAAAAGAAGAAAAUCGGAAGAGAGCCAUUACCAAAUGGGAGCAUACAGAGCGGACGAUGAUUACGAUUACUUGUUUAAGGUAGUCUUGAUUGGAGACUCUGGCGUUGGCAAAUCCAACCUCUUGUCUCGUUUUACCAGAAAUGAAUUCAGCCUUGAAUCCAAAUCCACCAUUGGCGUAGAGUUCGCCACUCGCAGCAUCCGCGUUGAUGAUAAGGUCGUCAAAGCUCAGAUUUGGGAUACCGCCGGCCAAGAAAGAUAUCGUGCCAUUACAAGUGCAUACUAUAGAGGUGCCGUGGGAGCUUUACUAGUGUACGAUGUCACUCGCCAUGUAACAUUUGAAAAUGUUGAGAGAUGGCUAAAGGAGCUUAGGGAUCACACAGAUGCAAACAUUGUGAUCAUGCUUGUAGGAAACAAGGCCGACCUGCGUCAUUUGCGAGCUGUUGCCACUGACGAUGCCAAGGGAUUUGCUGAACGAGAGAAUACCUUUUUCAUGGAGACAUCUGCUCUGGAAUCCAUGAAUGUGGAGAAUGCAUUCACAGAGGUGCUGACCCAGAUUUAUCGAGUCGUUAGCAGGAAGGCUCUUGACAUUGGAGAUGACCCAGCAGCUUUGCCCAGAGGACAGACAAUCAAUGUUGGAAGCAAAGAUGAUGUGUCAGCUGUUAAAAAGGCUGGAUGUUGCUCAUCUUAAGCAUGGGAAAAUUGCCUAAAAAAUCUCAUCUUUGAAGGUAUUGGAUACGUUAAUUAUGAAGAGAGUCUAAAGAUUAUAAAACUUCAGAUUCUUUGCCUUGUUCAUAUCAUAGAGAUUUGCCCAACGACGUGGAAAUGCUAUCUCGAAAAAUUUGUUAAUUCUCUAAACCUAGUGUUCUAAAAGCCAAAGAGGAUCUGUAUGCCAAAAGUUUAGGAUAUAAGAAUGAAUUUGUUGUUCUAUUUUGUAGUUGUGUCCCCCAUUGUAGUACCUUGAUUAAUCAAUUCCUGAACUUUUAUGUACAGUUAGUUGUUUGGGUUAAUAUAAAAAAUAACUUAUUUCAACCUCCAAGUGAUUAUCAGGUUGUGAUUCUUUGAGCUUUCAAGGAUGGACAAUAUCAUAUGAAACAAGGAAUAGAAAGGCACUCUUAUCUAUUUUCCAUUAUCA